CGGGUAGAACCACCAAACAGAAGAAGAAGAAGAAGUAAAUUUUGGCGGUUGGCUCAAGCCGCCCGAGGAGUCGACAGAAAGGUAGGAAACCCCUUUGAAACCUAUCAUCGUCGAAUUCUGUUUUUGGGAUUUUACUUAUUGGCUGUUAUUGAGGCAAAACAAGGCUGUUGACCGGACCGUGUGUCUUUACUUUUCUCCGCCUGAAGUAACGAUGGCGAGCCAAACGCAAAAGGACGACGGCGCAAAUCUGUGGUUUUGUCUGCUUGCACUGGGCUUGCAGCCGGAAAAGCGAAUACACCUCUUGCCAAGCGCCUCAAAACACAUCAAAAUGGGACCGAAUAUGUUCGACAAACCCAACAAGGAUGCCUUUCACAUUGUUAUCCAGUUCCUGUUGGAAAAACUCAAUCCAACACGAUUUCAACAGACAUACAAAUUUUGUUGGCCUCCGUUCACAACCAAACAAGAUGCUGAGUUUCGUAAGGCGACCCGUGUUUGGCUGCAAGAAAUAAUGUCCGAAACUGGAUACACCGGCUCCAAAGUUCUCGCGUCGUUGUUACUCUCGCCCGGCGGCCCCAAAUUAACCAGUUUGAUGGUCCAUUUAGUCAUGCAUGUCAUGCAGCAGGAAAUGAAAACAUUCAUUACAGAUGACAGCUGGGUUGCGGAUGCCGUCUUCAAGCCGACGUCCUCGCGCCGCAUGGCGAUGAAGAGACUCCAGGUGGUCAAAAAAACAUUUUGGGAACAGGCGGCACACCAGGAUCUCUUUCUGCUGGAGGUGCAGAAAAAAGCCCAGUGCCUCACGGAUUCAAUGCGAGACCUCCGAGCUGAGAGUAAAAAGUACGACGAGCUACUCCAUCAGCACGCUCGAGAUUCUGUUGAAGAGGAUUCCGGUGAUAAAGCUGACAUGGUUCGCUCUCUGUGGGCGACCGUGGACGGAAUGCUGACGACGACGGCGCCCGACCGAAAGGUGUUGGAAAGCGUGCUGCAAGGAGACGUGGACCAGCACAUGCUCGACGGCUCGGGGCGCCACCUGCAAAUUCCCCGUUGCUUGCUGGAGAGGAUGGAGCAGCCCUCGCAGCAGUUGAGCUUGGGGAAAGCGUAUGAGGCCGGUCAGCCGAACCUCCUCUGGCCCUUGGAGCUGCUGAACCACUCCCUGCGCCUCCUAAAGGAGGAGGCGCACGGCGGCUCGCCACGGCUUAGCUUGCCGCAGUUGCGGCAAAUACAGCAGCAGGUGGCCCGCCAGCUGCAGGAACUGAAGCUCCUCAGACUGAAGAUUUCCAAGGAGGAAAUUCCCAAGAUGAGGUGUGCCAUCCUAGAGCUGGAAGGCGAAUGGGACAGGAAGUGGGCAGACAAACUAAAAAGCAAAUCUUUAGUCUCAUUAUUCAAUGACGAUCCGGUUCUUGGCCUUCUUACAAUGCCAAUGCCUCGCCUGUCAUUCGGAGCAGCACUCGACGCCAGCAACGCCAGUUGUAUCUUCUCCCAGUUUCCUGCGAAGCUUCCCGAGAAGUCUCCAGAGUGUCCUUCUUCAGCGGAGGGUGAAAAUGAAAGCAAUACUUCCACAGAAGACCGCAAAAGCGGGGGUUGCCGGGCAGCAGAGGAGCAUCCGCAUGGGGACGCGGCCGCCUGGCCAUCCGUAGUCAACUCCUCCUUUGACUGGCUUCUUGACAUGUCUGCAUCUUGUCAUCGAGAGACGACACCCGAACCACUGCAGACAAUCGUGAGGCCGACCAGCCGCAGUCAGUCGAAGGUGACAGCGAAGCCAAUAUUAGACCUGGAAUGUGAUAACCUCGCCGACCAGUUUGCAGAUGCUGUAACCACAACCAGUCCAUCAACAGGCAGACUGGCAAGUUUGGAACUGGAGGGAAUCCUCAGCAUCCUUCACGGAGACCCCUUCAACACCAGAAAGCAGCUUCCUCGCACGCCUGAGAGUUUGAUUGUGGACGUGAAAAGCUCCUGGCAGAAGGCGCUCGAGGAAGACGUCGAUGCAAAAAAGUGCGACGACAGCAUGCUCAGGUGCCGCACUCCCGUCCGUGAGCCUUGCGGCGGUGUCGCGCAGCGGCCUGGAAGCCCAGGCGACUGUGCCUCCACUUCAAACCACAGCAGCCAGCAGUCGUUUUGGGGCACAUUCCACACGACGACCCCCAUCGGCCUCCAGCAAGAGACGCUGCCCCACCUGCUGAGCUUUGACAGUCUGCUGAGCCUCGAGGAUGACACCGAGGAAGAAGUACUUAUCCCCUGCCGGAACGAGGACGACACGCAGUCGGCGUUGAACCCCGGCGGGGGGGACAUUGCGCAGUCGUGCCAUGGCAGCUCAUCUGAGUGCCUUCUAUUGAAUUUCGAUGUUGCGGCUGCAAGCGGAGAGUGACAAUUCCCACUGCAUUUUGACACACUGAACAAAACCUAAUUGCCGCCUCUCCACUCGGCACAUUCUCACCGAACGAUGACAAGAACCAAGUGUCACUGUCUUGCACAGUUUAUCCCAAUUGCAUCAACACAACGUUUAAGUCAUCUUAAGGUUUCACAAGUGUCCAGUCCACCAUAUUCUACCACACUGUUUCUGGCAGUGCCUUUCACAUUCACAAUUCAAACAAUGGUUACUGUGCAGUGUUUUGGUUUCUGACAUCUGGCCCGUUUGGUUCAAUGGCUGCCGGCUCAAAAAUCAUUUGCUGCAGUUAAAAUCCAGUGAAAAACAUAUUUGCUUUGUUGAUUAUAUGAUGAUAUAGGAGACGGGCAGGUAGGAAAAGGGUGAUUUAAGCACUAAGUGGAAAUAUUAGUGGCACUAGCCUGUGCUUUUUGACUACAAGUUGGAAAGUUAUGCGAGAAAUGUUUGUAUUAUUUUGUGACUAAUACAUGUUUGUCGGCAAUAAAUAAUAAACAUUUAUUUUGUCUCAAUGGUA